GUUUCCAUAUUAUCUCUCCUCAAGCAUGUGGGAACUUUAGAGCACUUAUUCAUUUUAAUCUCAGUUUUUCAUAACCAUUUGUGUCUAUGUUUGUUCUGUUCCUCGUAGUAUUGGGUUCAAUCGUGUUUGGCAAAGAUGCUGGACUUCUUCGCCAUUUUCAGCAAGGGGGGGAUCGUGUUGUGGUGUUUUCAGGGGGCCGCGGUCACUGAAUCCUUUACCGGGCCUGUCAACGCUCUCAUCCGCUCAGUCAUCCUCCAGGAGAGGAGUGGGAAUACCUCUUUUACCCACAAUGCCCUCAGUCUUAAAUACAAGCUGGAUAAUGAGUUUGAGCUUGUGUUUGUGGUGGGUUUUCAAAAGAUCCUGACACUGACGUACGUGGACAAGUUCAUAGAUGAUGUGCAGCUUUACUUCAGAGAUCGUUACAAGAAUGAACUGGAGCAGCGAGGAGCCCUGAAGUUUCUCCUCCAUAAUUAUGAGUUUGGAGAUGACUUCCACAGACUUCUGCGAGAGGCGGAGGAGAGCUGCAAAGCAAAGGCCCCUGUCUCUAUGAGGACUUUCAAUGAGUCCCAGAAGUCCCAGAAAACUGUGAAGUCCAUGAUUGAAACAAAGGAGGGAGAUAAAAGCAAGGUGCAAGGAGGCAAGAAAAGUAAAAAUGCCAAAAAGGAAGCUGAAUCAAAAGGGGAACAGGCUAAAGUGCCCUCACAGGUUGCCUCAAAAAAGGCAGUGGAGAAUGGAAAUGAGGGCCUGACCCCAGAGGAGAUUAUUGAGAGGAAGCGUGCCAAGUUCAUCAGCAAGCAGCUUGGUGGAGGAAAAGUGGAAAAGACCAGUAAGUCCCCUAAACCCCAGAAGACAAAGGAGAAGGUGAAGCGUGUGUGGGAUAUGGGUGGAAAGAGCACUGGACCUCUGGAUUACAGUGGAACCAAUGGCAACAACUCCAGUGAUGGACAAACCCAAGAUAAGGAUUUUCCUGAACCACUGAUCCAGGUGGAUUCAAUGAAAGGUGACCUGCGAGGUGUUGAUUAUGAGUCCUCGGAUGAAGAGGAGGAGGAGGUGGAGGAGCAGGAGGAGAGAGUUGUGGUGGAAAACACUGACAAGAAAGGAGCUAAAAAAGGUGGGUUUGGGGGAAUGUUUGGCAUGCUGAAAGGCCUGGUGGGUUCUAAGAAUCUUACUCAGGAGGACAUGGAGCCAGUUUUAGACAAGAUGAGGGACCAUCUCAUCGCCAAGAAUGUAGCAGCUGAAAUAGCCUCCCAGCUCUGUGACUCUGUGGCUAAGAAACUGGAAGGCAAAGUCAUGGGCACUUUCACCACUGUGGCCUCUACAGUGAAGCAAGCUCUACAGGAAUCUCUGGUGCAGAUUCUGCAGCCCAAGCGCCGUGUGGACAUCUUGAGGGACGUUUUGGAGGCUCGUUCUCAGCACAAACCUUUCGUCAUCACCUUCUGUGGUGUCAACGGUGUCGGGAAGUCCACGAAUCUCGCCAAGAUCUCUUAUUGGCUGAUUGAGAAUGGCUUCACUGUGCUGAUUGCCGCCUGUGACACGUUCAGAGCAGGUGCCGUGGAGCAGCUGAGGACUCAUCAGCGUCGUCUGAACUCUUUGCACCCCCCUGAGAAGCACGGAGGAUGCCCUGCUGUACAGCUCUUUGAGAAGGGCUAUGGCAAAGAUGCUGCUGGGAUCGCCAUGGAAGCUGUCGCUUUUGCCCGUAACCAGGGCUUUGACGUGGUGUUGAUAGAUACGGCUGGUCGUAUGCAGGAUAACGCUCCUCUGAUGACUGCACUGGCUAAGCUGAUCGCAGUCAAUACCCCGGAUCUUGUUCUGUUUGUGGGAGAAGCACUUGUGGGCAAUGAAGCUGUGGAUCAGCUGGUAAAAUUUAAUCAAGCACUGGCUGACCAUUCCAAGACUGACAAGCCCAGACUCAUUGAUGGCAUCGUUCUUACCAAGUUUGACACUAUUGAUGACAAGGUUGGUGCUGCCGUCUCCAUGACCUACAUCACAGGUCAGCCCAUCGUGUUUGUUGGCACAGGGCAGACUUACAGCGAUCUGCGCAGCCUCAACGCCAGGGCUGUGGUCAGCGCGCUCAUGAAGGCCUGAGCAAUACACGCUGAUGUACACAACAGAGCUUCUAAAGACCUGCUUCUGGGGCAUUGCUGCAAACUAGACAUCAGACCUUGUGACCCACUGUGCUUAACUUGAAUGCAGACAUGCCUAUGUGUCAAUGUUUGGCAUUUUUUUUUACAGGUUUAACUGAAAUUCAGUUCAUGAAUUCUCAUAUUAAAGGGAUAGCUCAUCUAAAAAUGAAAAUUCUGUGAUCAUUUAUUCACCCACGUGUUGAUCAAACCCAUAUCACCCUCUUCUUCCAUAGACCACAUAAGUUGGCACAAUGUUAGUCUCUUUCACCAUUCACUUUCAUUGCAUUUUUCCCCCUUACAAUAAAAGUGAAUGGUGACUGAGGCCAACGCUCUACUUAACAUUACAUUUUGUGUUCCACAGAAGAAAGUCAUCCAUUUAGAAUGGCAUGAAGGUGAGGAAAUGACACAAUUUUAGAUUUUUUUGGGUGAACUAUCCCUUUUAAGUGUUCUCUUACUCCCUGUCCAAGACAAACGAGGGUAGAGGAGAGAUUCAAACAGUAUACGAGAGAUAAUAUAUUGUAAAUGCAUUUUGUGUACUUUUAAUUUGAUAAAUGGUGGUCAAAGGUUUCAGAGAACGGCCUACAACCCACACUCUUGUUUUCCUGAAUUCACUACCAUAGUGCCUCAGCUCAGUCCCAUAAUCCAUUGCUCCCAUAACUUGGGCUCUGUAAUAUUCCACAAUGAACGUCAGUUAUAUUUUGAAAUCUUGUAGUUUCGUUUCUCUUUAGACUUAAUUCCCAAAACAAUACUCUAUAAACACUGCCUUUUCCUCAUUCCUAAUUCACAAUGUCUUUUCUUUUUUGACUGGCUUUACAUGUCAGUGGAUAUGAAGGGUAUUAAAAGAUUUGCCGCAUGAAGUGUGAAGGGCGAGGUCUGCUUGCCUAGAUAUCAGACUGUUGUUGAAAGCGCUUACCCAGAGUGUAAUAGUUGGCACCUUGGCAAACAGACAGGUCGCUUUGUUCCUCCCCCUUUAUGACAUAAUACUCCACCUCCCCUCUCAGCUCAUCACGUGUAUGGCAGUCUUGAUUUUUUUAAAAGGCCAAACAUUACUGUAUACUAAACUUUCUGAAGCCCUGCAAGUUAUGCAUUUUUAUCCAUUAGUGGCUGUACAUUUGUUGUUUUUGUUUUUUCAACCUUCCAAUUAUUUUAGAACAAAAACAGGUCUUAUUUUACCUUAUAUUAUUUGUGCUAGCACAAUGGCAAAACUGGAGAGCUGCAUCAAGAAGAUUUGUUGUAACUUUGAGAAUGUGUACCAUUUCUUAAAUAAAGCUGCUAUUUAAUC